CGUGGAGGGGGAGGGGCGGCGGCGGCGGCCACUGGACUGGGGCAGGCACAGGCGGGCUGGUGCUGUUGCCGCCGCCGCCGCCGCUGCUGCUGGGCCGGGCUGAGCCGAGCCAGAGAAGCGCCGCCGCCGCCGCCAGCCAGCGAAGGAGCCGGAACCGGAGCCUCCGCCGCCGCCGCCGCCGGGGAGCCUGCCUGGGGCUCGCCGGCGCCAUCCCUCGCUCGCUGCCCGCCCGCGCCGGGAACAAAGGGCGCCCCGAAGCCCGCCAGCCAUGCCUGGCCGCGCCUGGUGGGUCCUGCUGGUGCCCUUGGCCGGCCUCGGCCUCGGCCUCUGCCCCGCCGCGACGUCCAGCCCGCCCAGGCAGGGCUACCUGGUCGUGCUGCCUUCUGUUUUCCGGUCGGGGGUGGAGGAGUCCGUCAGCGUGACCAUCUUCAACCCGGUCAAGGAGACGACGGUCCACAUCCAGCUGGUGGUGAAAGGGGAGACGGUGGCGAGAGCUCACGGUGCCAUUCUGGGGAAAGGGACAAUCAGGCUUAAGGUGCCUGCAGGGCUCCGGGGCCAAGCCCACCUGAAAGUCUGGGGCAACCGGAACUUGGCAGAGGAGGGCCAUAUCUUCCACAACUGCACCACCGUCACCAUUGACAGCAAAGGGGCCUCGGUCUUCAUCCAGACGGACAAGCCAGUCUACCGGCCCAAGCAAAAAGUGCUGAUCAACCUGUAUAUUGUCAGCCCUGACUUGCGGCCCAUCCGUGAGAAGGUGGAAGUCUACAUGGUGGAUCCGCGAGGGUCUCGCAUGAUCGAGUGGCACAACCUGAAGCCGGCGUGCUGUGGCCUCCUGAAUGCGAGUUUCCCUCUGUCUGACCAGCCGGUGUUUGGCGAAUGGUUCAUCUUUGCCGACAUGCAGGGGCACACUUACAACCGGUCCUUCGAGGUCCAAAAAUACGUUUUACCCAGGUUCGAGCUGCGGAUCGACCCGCCUCGCUACAUCCGCGACCUCGCUGCCUGUGAGAGGGGAACGGUCCACGCCAGGUACACGUUUGGGAAGCCGGUGGUGGGGAGGCUGACCGUGAACAUGACCGUCAACGGAGUGGGCUACUACCGGCACGAAGUGGGGCUGCCUGUCCUCAAAACUGCUGAAAUUGACGGCUCCGCCCACUUCGAGGUGUGUGUCCAGGACAUGAUGCCGGCGGACGUCCCGGAGCAUUUCCGAGGGGUGGUCAGCAUUUGGGCCACGGUGGCCAGCCGUGACGGGAGCAGACAGGUCACCUUUGACGAUUCCACCCCCGUCCAGAAGCAGCUGGUGGACAUCCGGUACACGAAAGACACCCGGAAGCAGUUCAAGCCCGGCUUGCCGUACAGAGGGAAGGUGGAAGUCACCUACCCGGACGGGAGCCCAGCGGACGGCGUGACCGUCCGGGUCAAAGCGGAGCUCACGCCCAAGGACAACCUUUAUACCAGCGAGCUGCUGUCCCGAGGGGGCCUGGUGGAGUUCGAGAUCCCGGCCAUCCCUCCCGCUGCCCAGUAUAUCUGGCUGGAGACCAAAGUUGCCGCCCUGGACGGGGAGCCUGUCGGAGACCAGUACCUGCCCAGCUAUCUCUCCAUCAGCAGCUGGUUCUCGCCCAGCCAGUGCCACCUCCAGCUCCAGGUGCCGGGGAAGCCCUUCCUGGUGGGAGAGGAGGCCCAUGUCGCGGUGAAGUCCACCUGCCCCUGCGACUUUGCCCUCCACUACGAGGUGGUCUCUCGGGGGAAUAUUGUCCUCUCGGGGAUGCAGUCCCGGAACGUGACCCAGCAGCGGAGCAGAAGGGCCACCACCUCCUCCUCCUCCUCCUCCUCCUCCUCGUUCUCUGGCCGGAGUGCCCAUGUGGCACGUUUCCCAGCCCCCAGCAACCCUCCUGCCCCCGAGGUGCAGCCCUGCGUGACCUCCCUCCAUUUCUCGGUGACCCACGUGAUGGCUCCGCUGGCCCGUCUCCUCGCUUACUAUGUCCGGGAGAACGGCGAAGGGGUGGCCGACAGCCUGCCGUUGGCGGUCAAGCCGGCCUUUGAGAACCAGGUUUCGGUGACCUUUUCCGCCAACGAGACCAGGCCGGGCGACUCGGUGAGCGUCCAGGUGCGGGCGGCCAGGGGCAGCUGUGUCUGCCUGGCGGCGGUGGACAAGAGCGUUUACCUGCUCAAGCCCGGAUUCCAGCUCACGGCUGCCCAGAUCUUCCGGGAGCUGUCCGAUUACGAUGCGUCCGACACCUUUGGGCACGCCAAGGAGGAGGGGCACUUCUGGUGGCUGGGCAUGGCCAUGCGAAGACGCCGCCGACGCCGCCGACGCUCCUCCGUCUUCCCCUGGCACUGGGACCUCAGCAAGGACGCCCACUUUGCCUUCACGGAAACCGGCUUGGUCGCCAUGACGGACCUGGUCAGUCUGAACCACAGGCAGCGGGGCGGCAUGUAUACCGACGAGGCCGUCGCCGCCUUCCAGCCCCACACGGGGACGCUGGUGGCCUCCGUGCACCCCAAGGCCAUGCCAAGGGGGGAGAAGAAGAAAAGGACCUUUUUCCCGGAGACUUGGCUGUGGCACUGCUUGAAUGUCAGUGACGUGUCGGGCGAAGCCCAGCUGCGGCUGCAAGUGCCGGACUCCAUCACGGUGUGGCUGGCGGAGGCCGUGGGGCUGUCCGCGGAGAGGGGGCUGGGCCUGGCAGAGCAGGUGGGCCUGCGGGCCUUCCAGCCGUUCUUCCUGGAGUUCAGCCUCCCCUACCGCGUCAUCCGGGGGGAGCAGAGCAAGCUUCCUCUGACCGUCCACAAUUACCUGGCGGUGUGUGUGGAGGUCCACGUGAAGAUCUCCGUCCCCAAGGGGAUCCAGUUUGUCGGGCAUCCUGGGAGACACCACCUGACCCGGAAGAAGUGCGUGGCUCCCGGCCAAGCCAAAGCCACCUCCAUCGUCCUCGCCUUCAGCGAACUGGGGCAGAACAACAUCACAGCCAAAGCCUUCGCUUACGGUGGGAGCGGCUGCUGUCAAGAGGGCAUGCCGUCCACCAAGAACGGGAAGCACCCCGAGGACAGCCACACAGACAAGCGAGCCCCUCUCGGGGUUGACUAUGUCCGGAGGAGUGUCAUGGUGGAGCCAGAGGGACUGACCAGAGAAUACACCUACAGCGUUUUCUUCUGCCCAAAUGAGAAAAUCCACCUUUCCACUCCGAACAAAUACGAAUACCAGUACGUGCGGAAACCGGCCCGCAUGACGCACUUCAGCGUGGCAGUGAAGGCACACCACAAUGCCCACGUCGCCUUGUCCUCCGGGCCCCAUGACAUGGCCGAGAUGGUUGAGAUGGUGAUCGGUGGGCACCAGAACUCACAGACCUGGAUCUCGACCAGCAAGAGGGGUGAGCCGGUGGCCAGCGCGGAGACAGCUGGCAUCCUCUCGUGGGACGAGUUCCGGAGCUUUUGGAUCAGCUGGGCCAAGGGGGUCGUCCAGGUGGGCCACGGCCCCUCUGUCGUCAACGAGUCGGUCAUCGUGGCCUGGGCCGCCCCCCGGCCGCUGGACGUGAAGUACGUUGGGUUCUCCACCGGCUGGGGCUCUGCUGGGGAGUUCAGGAUCUGGAGGAAGGGAGAGGCGGACGAGAACCACAAUGAAGCCUUCACCCUGGGCAUCCCUCACAACGUCAUCCCCGGCUCGGAGAGAGCCACUGCCUCCGUCAUUGGGGACGUGAUGGGCCCGACCCUGAACCACCUGGAUAACCUCCUGCAGCUGCCCUUUGGCUGCGGGGAGCAGAACAUGAUCCACUUUGCCCCCAACGUCUUUGUCCUCAAGUACCUGCAGAAGACCAAGCAGCUCAGCCCCGAGGUGGAGGGUGAAGCCACUGACUACCUGGUGCAAGGGUACCAGCGCCAGCUGACCUACAGGCGGCAAGACGGCUCCUACAGCGCCUUUGGGCAGCGCGAUUCCUCCGGCAGCAUGUGGCUGACGGCCUUCGUGCUCAAAUCUUUUGCUCAGUCUCGUGGGUUUAUCUUCAUCGACCCCAAGGAGCUGCUGGCGGCCAAGGACUGGAUCAUCCAGCACCAGAAGGAGGACGGCUCCUUCCCAGCCAUGGGCCGGAUCCUGAAUAAGGACAUCCAGGGUGGGAUUCACGGGAAGACUGCCUUGACUGCGUAUGUGGUGGCUUCUCUGCUGGAGACGGGGGUGACCUCCGAGGAAGAAAAGGGGUCCGUGGCCAGAGCGAAGCACUUCUUGGAGUCCAACAUGUACGCGGCCGACGACCCCUACACCACGGUGCUGACCGCCUACGCCCUCACGCUCCUGCACAGCCCCUUGGCCGCCGUGGCCUUGCGGAAGAUGAACGGCAUGGCCAUCACUCAAGAUGGCUUCUCACACUGGAGCUUGAUGGGGACGCUGGCGGUGGGCGAGGGCCCCUUCAUGGGCUUCAACGAUGGUCUCUCCCAGUCAGUGGUGUCUGCGGAAGUGGAGAUGACGGCCUACGCCCUGCUGACCUACACCGCGCUGGGGGACGUGGCCUCUGCGCUGCCGGUGGUGAAGUGGCUCUCGCAGCAGAGGAACGCGCUGGGGGGCUUCUCCUCCACCCAGGACACCUGCGUGGCCCUCCAGGCGCUGGCUGAAUACGCCAUCCUGUCCUACGUCGGUGGGGUCAACCUCACCAUCUCCUUGGCCUCCACCAACCUGGACUACCAGGAGACCUUUGAGCUGAACAAGGCCAACAAGAAGCUGCUGCAGACGGCGGUGAUACCCUCCAUUCCCACGGGGCUGUUUGUGAGUGCCAGGGGCGAAGGCUGCUGCCUCCUGCAGGUCGACGUCACCUACAACGUCCCCGACCCCGUGGCCAAGCCGGCCUUCCAGCUGCUGGUCAGCCUGCAGGAGCCCGCGCCCAAGAGGCACCGGCGAGCCGCCCGCCCGCCCAAGCCCGCCUCCCCGGAUGAGAACCGCUCUGAGAUCUCCCUCCGGGACCGGGCACUGGGGGACGACGACGACCCUGCCUCCGACCAGGACCGCCAGGAGUACAAGGUGGUCGUGGAGGCCUGCAUGAGGUGGCUGCAUUCCGGCUCCUCCAACAUGGCCGUCCUCGAGGUGCCCCUCUUCUCGGGCUUCCAGGCAGAUGUGGAGAGUCUGGAGCAGCUUCUCGUGAACAAGCAGAUCGGUCUGAAGAGGUACGAGGUGGACGGGCAGAAGGUGCUCUUCUAUUUUGACGAGAUCCCGAGCCAGUGCCUGACCUGCGUCACCUUUGUGGCCUUCCGGGAGUACGUGGUGGGCAAGACGGCCCCCGUGCCCAUCAAGGUUUAUGACUACUACGAGCCUGCUUUGGAAGCCACCCGCUUCUACAACGUGAGCGAGGACAGCCCCCUGGCCCGGGAGCUCUGCGACGGCCCCUCCUGCAACGAGGUGGAGAGCUCGGCCAGCCACUGGGUUGGCUUCGUCCCCAGCGGGCCCUGCCACGGCCUCCUGGGCUGCCAGGGGGGCGGCUACUUCGAGCAGUGCCGGUGCUCGCGGGACUGCGGCUACGACGGGGAGCCGGUCUGUGCCUCCGACGGGCUCGUCUACCCCAACCACUGCCAGAUGGAGGUGGCCGCCUGCAGGAACCACACCCGCCUCCAGCAGCUGCCCCGGGCCCAGUGCCCGGUGGCCCAGAACGCCCUGGGAGGAAGAGAGCCGCCUGGCCUCCACGCCCGGGAGCCCCCUGGCAGGGGACAGCAGGUGCCAACGGAUGUGGGCCCCACCCUCCCUCUGGACUUCUCCUACUACUCCUACGAGUACGAGGCCGACCCCUUCGGCUCGGAGAGCGACGCUUUUGAGCUGACGACGGCCAGCAGCCCCACAGCACAGGGGGGCAACCGGCUCCAGGGGGCGGAGGUGACCACUGGGGAGUGAAUGGUGCCGCCCCCUCCGACCUGAGAGAGGCAGCCCUUCCUGCGGGGGGGGGGUCCGGGGAGUCUGGCUUGGCGCCCUCCUCCUUCGGCCAGACGGAAGCAGCCCACGGCAGGAGGCCCCUCGGCCCUCCCUGCUCCUGGGGAGCCCCCCCCUUGGCGGCCCCCGGCCCCUCCCCCAGCCGUGCCCCCAGCCGGAGCCCCGCCUCUCUCCCUAGGGCUGCACAGAGCCCACCACUCCGGGAGGGGCCGGGAGGGAGAGCUCCACCCCCCCCCCCACUGCCUCCAGAGGCUGGCUCCCUCCUCCUCCUCCUCCCCUUGCAGGGAAUAUCGCCCAUGCCCCGAGGGGGGGGCUGCUGCCUGCCUCCCUCCUCCCUGGGCGGACACGAGAGCCCCUUAGGCAAGAAGGGGGGGCUGCAAAGCAGCAGGAGGCCCCCCCCAGCCCCCCCCCACUCCGAGCUCUGCUGGUAUUUAUUUGGAAGCCACACUCUGGAUCUCCCCAGACAAGGGGGGCCAGGUACCGGCUGCCCCCAGCCGCCCCCUCCCUGGGCCCACGAGGGCAGCCGCCUUCUCCGCUUGUGGCUCUGCUCGGCCUCCCGGGGUCACCGGUCUCCCUGACGGCGGGAGGGGAGCCGCUCUCUGGGGUCGCUGCCCGCUGGCCCCCCCCCCGUCCAGACUCCGAGCCGGGCCGGGCUGGGCAAGACCUGCUUCCCUGGGCCGGCCGGCUCCUUCGUGCACAUUCGCGUCCAGGAAGUGGGACGGGGGGGAGGGCGAGUUUGAUUUAGAUGCUGAUAAAUAUUUUAUUAAAAAUGGAUUUCUAAACGA